CAAAAUUGCGACUGUCCCACGAAAAUCGGCCCAGUUGGGAGGUGGGCUUAAUGGGAGAACAUCCGCUUGCUUGGUGACCUCGCCAAAUGAGCAAAUCUUCCAGUGUUUGGCCAGCUUUAUCCACGGACCUGCAGUUCUGGAGCAGGAACCAGGGAGGGAUUGACCGACACUGCCCCCAAGGUGGGGAUAGCAGAGGCGGUUCUUUAGCCUAGGACCCAGCACAGCGCUUUGUACACCUUCCUCCUGGACCAGCCACAAAUUAGACGUUUAACAGUGAGUGCUUUAUAUUUGACCCACUAUUGCCUGACACAAUUUGGUGCCACUGAUGGCAGCUGCUAAUGUGGAAGAGGAGGUGACAUGCUGUGUGUGCAGAAACAUUUACAGAGAUCCGGUAACACUUCCGUGUGGCCAUAGCGUCUGCAUAGCCUGUGUUUGCUUCCUAUGGGACUUCGAAGGGUUUGGUGAUGAAGAUUGUUAUAUCUGCCCUAAAUGUGAGCAGAGAUACAGCGGGAGUCCAGAGGCAAAGUUAAACCAUGAGCUGUGUAAUUCAGCAAAUCGGUUCCUACGAUCCCACCAGAGGAAGGGCGACACUCGCAUCUUCUGCUGUCAGUGUGACCCUCCUGUUCCUGCAACUAAAUCCUGUGUGCAGUGUGAGGUCUCUCUGUGUGACACCCACAUGGGGGAUCAUAGUGACCCAACUCAACAUUCACUUAUUGCCCCGACCCAUGACUUUUCAGACAGGAAGUGCUCUGUGCAUCAUCAGAUCCUGGAGUAUUACUGCUGGGAGGAUUUGGCCUUUAUGUGUGAGUCCUGCAGCCUCUCCGGGGGGCACAGGGGCCACAGGGUGCAGCGGCUGGAUGAGGCGUCCGAGGCAAAGAAAGGGAAACUAAAAGAAAUUUUACACAAACUGACCCCAAAGACAAUGGAGACAGACCAAAAGAUACAGAGUUUAAGUAAGCACAAAAAAAUAGUGAAAAAAAGUGCAAAGAAUAACGACAUGCAAGUGACUAAGUUGUUUAGGGACAUCAGAGAGCAACUGGAAAACCUAGAGGAGAAAAUUGUGACCGAGAUCAUUGAGCAGAGGAAAAAAGGAUGGGAAAUGAUGUCUGACCUUAUAGAUGUACUGCAAAACAAGAAAUAUUCAUUGGAAUGGAAGAUCGUGCAAUAUGGAAGGUUAUGUGCCAGUUCUGAUCAUGUGACUGUACUGAGGGAACAGGAAGCAGAGGCAGAAGCCUUGUGUGGCGUUGAGGAGGAGGACAAUGUGGCUGAUGGGAAGAAGCUCCCAGUUGUCGGUGACCUGGAUGAGCGGCUGAUCUCAGGGAAACUAAGUGCAGCUAUAACCGAUGUUACUAAUGUCAUACAUGCCAUAGGGAUCUAUGGGCGGGAGGCGACUGGGCUGUCACUGGAUACAGACACAGCCUCUAAUAACCUAGCGCUGUCCCAUAAUAGGAAAAGUGUGUCCCACACACACACAAGGCAGAACCUGCCCCAAACUCCAGGGAGGUUCCAGGUGGCUCAGGCUUUAUGCACCAGGAGCUUUAGCUCAGGGAAACACUACUGGGAGGUGGAGGGCAGUGAGACUGGGGGCUGGCGUAUUGGGGUGGCCUAUCCCAGUAUAGAUAGGGAAGGGGAUCAAUCGUACAUUGGGUUUAAUAACAAGUCCUGGGCUCUGUGUAAGUUCUAUAAUAACUACUCAGUGAUACAUAAUGGGGAAAGGAAGGGUUUGGCUAUGCCCCCCUCCUGCCAGAGAAUCAGAAUAUUUCUGGAUUAUGAGGCCGGAUGUCUGUCCUUUUAUGAGCUGAGUUACCCAAUCAGACACUUACACACCUUUACUGCCUCCUUCUCUGAGCCGCUCCAGCCUGUAUUGUGGGUAGCUGAGGGGGGAGGCUGGGUCAGAAUGCUUAGCUAGGGUGCUACUACUGAGGAAACAAUAAGGAGAUUACACAUGAGCAUAUACUGUUCUAUCCACCUGCAGUGGCUUUUAUGCAUUCUACCACAAGGGAAAGCAGGAGUUAACGGGGCCUAUUCUUUUCACUUGUGCCGUACCUGCUGCACUGAACCACUGAACACAGAUAAGCUACAACAUGCAGCAUGUCACCUGCAUUCGGUGGUUCACAAGGUGCUAUGGGCCAAGGGAACUUUGGGUGCAGGCACAAAUGUUGGGGAGGGGUGCCUAUGUUGGGGGCUAUUGGGUAAAAAUGUGCUGAGGGAUGGUUCUUCUUAAGCCUUCAAAGAACAGAAAACCAUCUGUACAGCCAUGGGCACAGAUGUUUAGGGUUUGCUGACUCUCAAACUGGGUGGUGUGAGACGAUACACAAAUAAAAGUAGGAGUCAGGUUUGCUGUAUGGAGCAGUAGGGCCAUGUCUUCAACCUGCCCUUUGUGGCAAACCAAGGCACCUACUUUGGCAGUCUGAAUCCCCCCAAUAGUGGCCCUGAGUGCAAAAUUGAACCCAGUGUCCGAAAACUGGAUCCCUGUUGCAGAACAUUGGUCUUCCAGUAGGACAGUGACCCAAAGGCCACUUGAAAAAUGACUCAGGAUUGUGGGGCUUGUGGAAUGGCCAGUUGGGAGAUUUAUAAAAGACUAUAGGAAGUGCUGGAUAUCUGUUCCCUUUCCUAUAAUACAAUGAGUCUAGGGUGUCAAUAUGAAGUUCCAAAUGGAAGCUCUGGAAUCUUUAUAGUGAAACAAGGAAUUGUGGAAACCUGGUAUUUAGCAGUUUUUCAUUUAUUUUACUGUUUUUGACAAGUUUUCUUUUUUUUGGGUAUGUACACACAUCUCCCCUAUAUUUACUUUAGAAUCCGUUCCGUUUAUUAUUUUUACUUACUGAACUUUCCUACAAAAUUCCAAUUUGUUUAAUGUGAAAAAGCUCCAAUGGUUUUAGCUGGGACUGUCACUACUGGAUUACAUUAGGGAUAGGUUCUCCCAACAUUGGUCAUUGGGCAUUCCAAGCUUAUACUAUAUAUAUAUAAUCAGUUAGGUAAUAUGGACUGCUUCUAAUGACUUAUUUAUGAAUAUAAUGCACACUAGGAUUUAAUGUUGGGGCAUGUCUACUUGAAAAUACAAUGGGGAUGCACCAUUGCUACUGAUGGGGGGAAUCUGGCACAGGCCUAACCACUUUGUGCUGUACUUUGCUGUGGCUGACAUUGUCUGUGCUUAAUAUCCUUAAUAUCCUGCUGUCCCAGCAUACUAAGGGGCAGAUUUAUCAAAAUGAGAGUUUAGAGCUUAAUACAUAAAAACUCACCCAUGUUCUAUCCAUUCCUAUGGGAUUUCUAGAAGCGUAUUUAUCAAUGGGUGAAAGCCAAUUAUGUUGACAUGUUCAGUUGCAAAUUCAUCAUUCCAUACAGUUAUUCCUCAGAAGGUGGUAAAGGAGCUCGAGUUGUUGGGCACAAAUAUCUCUCUCUGUAAUUGGAGCCAGGAUUCCCUGACUGUCACGCCUCAGUCAGGGUUGGGUGCUCAGCCCACUGCUGUUUACUCUGCUUCAAUUGACAUCAUAAAGGGGACAUAUUCUGUGAAAAACAAUAUUGUGCCAAUGAAAUUUACUCACCUAAAUAUAGAAGGAAUGUGCUUUAAA